AUGCUCUACCCCUGGGUGCAGCUGCUGAAAUGGGAGGGCAUUGCGCCUUUCGGCCCAAAUCUCGCGGCGGAUCACGCCCAGUCGAUGCGAGCCAACACCUUCGUGCCCGUGGCCCACGUGCUGUUCGUUGUGGAGAGCAGCAGGCCCGAGCGUGGCUGGACCCGGUUCGUGCUGCGCGACCCGACCGGCACCGUGCCUGCCGGCACCACAGACAGCGACGUCGCCGCCAAGCUGGUCGUCGGUGCCGCCGUCAAGCUCACGAACGUGCGGCUGGUGCCCGACUCAGCCUUCUGCGGCCGCCUGGGGAUCGUGAUCGCCUGGGAGAACCUGGGUCGAGUGGUCGCGCCCAAGUCCAAACCGGGCAAGCCACACACGAACAACAUAUCGACGUUCAAGGAAACCACGCCGUUCUCGAUCUAUACGUCGCUGGAGGGCGUGAAGAAGGACGAGGUGGCCGAUAUCACCUACCGACAGUUCAGGGCAGAAUGGACGCGACGGCAUCCCUCACCAACAGCACCUCCACCACCACCUCCACUUCCCACCCAUACCACCGCGACUGUCUCGUCGGGCGACGAAAGCUUUUCUUCGCCCAGCAAGGAAGUGCUCCAGCAGCAGCCAGUCGCAGAAACCGUCGACGCGCUUCAUCAUCUCGUCGAAGAGGAAGAAGAGGAUGCGGGGGAGUCGGACCUGAGUCAGCCCUCUGACCUGCCGAGCAGCCAGCCAUCGGAGGGAGACUCGUCGGCGGGCCAACGACGAACGAGCGCCAAGCGGAGGUACCUCAAGCGGGUGGAAUCGGAUCCGACCCUGCCCGACUCGCAGCCGUCGCCCCAGAGCCCGAGGGCCUUCCCUCGAGCCGAGGAAAGCGAAACGGCCAAGCACGACGACGUCGACGGCAGCGACGAUGACGAAGAAGAACGAAAAGCGAGCACGAACGCGGAGGCUGCGACGACGGCCAAGAGAACGAAAGCAAAAGCAAAAAAAGUGACGAAAGCGAAAGCGAAAGCCAAAAGCGAAGCAGAGGACGAACUGGUCAAGAGAAAGCGAGGGCGCCCGAAGAAAGAGGCGAUCGAGACGGAGGAGGAGCGGAUCAAGAAGCACAGGAAGAGCGAGGAGCACAAGAAGAAGUUCGUGGAGCUCUUCAUAAAGCACGCGAAGCCGAAGGUGGUGAUGACGCCCGUUGUGCCGCUGGACGAGCAAGCGCGUCAACUGCUCGACCGGUGCGAAUUCCAGCAGUCCCAACGGCUAUCGCAGCACCAAAGUCAAAGAGCGAAGAGUCAGCGGAUUGGCGACAACGAAAACGAAAGCGAAGACGAAGACGAAGCGGAAGCCGAAGCCGACAGCGAAGAAGACCUUACACAAGAUAUCAACCAGCUCGAGGUUGUUCUCACUCAAUGCAAGCAGCUGUGCGAAAGCGCGCUCCGGGCGCUCAAGCUUCUCGGCAUUCGGGUCAAAGCCUACUUCGUCGUCGAAAAGGAUCCCCUGGCGAUGGACGUGGUGCGGGCCAAUUUUCCGCCUGAGGAACACCCCUACAUUCGCUACCUGGGCUGCGUUGAGAAAAUCACCACGGCGGACCUGGAGGACAUCGGUGCUGCGCCCCGACUCAAGCUUCGCUCUUUGCGAACUCUCGAGCGGAAAGAAACCGGCCAACAACUGACGUCUUGCGUGUUUCCCAUUCCCAGACCCGUCGACCUCUUCAUCGGCGGCUCGCCUUGUACCGAUCUCUCGGUCCUGGGCAAAAAGAAAGGCCUUGACUGCCCCGAGGGCUCGAGCUACCACUUCUACGAUUUCCUGCGGAUUUUGCAGGACCUGCGUCGCCUGUGCAACAGCGACAGCCACAACGUCUUCUUUCUGCUCGAGAACGUGGCCUCCAUGAGCCGCAAAGACAAAACCAAAAUCUCAGAUUGCAUGGGCGUGGAGCCGGUGAGGAUCGACAGCAAGGACAUCACCAACGUGCGCCGGAAUCGCUACUACUGGCACAACAUCCCGCGCAACAUCAAUGCCCUCCCCAAAGCCACCUUCCAGGAGCUGCUCAGCCAAGACGGCGAGGCGUUGGUGCUGGUGGGCGGGUGUAUCACGACCCACAAUGCCACCAUGGAGUACCUGAAGAAGUCGCUCGAGGAGCUUCUUGCCCGUCCGCAGGACCUCAAGCGCUACAACACCAUCAAGAUCAAGGGACAGGACAAGUGCCGGUCACUCAAAGCCACCGAAAUGGAGCGCAUCCUCGGCUUUCGCACCAAAGAUUCGAACGAGCGAGAGUACACGAAGGAGGGGAGGGACAUCAACGGCCGCGUGUACAUCCUCACGAAGGCCCAGCGCAACAAGCUGCUCGGGCAGAGCUUCGACACGCGCGUGAUUGCGCACCUGCUGACGCCGCUCCUCAAGCUGUGCGCCGGCGAGGAGCAGCUCGAGUCGCGCAUCCUCCAGAUCCGCCGCCAGGUCACCCUCUCGCAGAUGCACUUUGUCCAGCCCCGGCCCAGGCCCGCCGCCGCCGCCGUCAUCAUCGACAAGGGCAAGGACAGGGCGAUUGACGACGAAGACGACGAUGCUGAUGAAGAGGAAGAAGAAGACGACGACUUCCCACUGACCCAGGCGGGUUGA